UGUCCCAUCAACACCAUGUGCCGGUGUGCGAGUUUACCGAACGAAACCGCCCUGCUGGAGAUCAAUUGCAACGAGGUGUCGCUAUACAAAUUUCCCGAGUUUCUCCACGGGACGAUAAAGCACAUCGACAUGUCACGCACCUUCAUUCACAACGUGGACGACGAGACGUUCCAAGGGUUGCGGCUGGAGUCGCUCAAGCUGGUGGACAACAAAAUACAGGACAUUUCGGAAAAGAGCUUCAACUUCAUGCAGCACUCGCUCGUGUCACUGGAUCUGUCGGACAAUCAGUUACAGGGGCUGCCGCUGGAUUCGCUGAAAAACGUCCACACCCUAAGCCGAUUAGUGGCUCAGAGGAAUAACAUCCACCACCUUGAUGGCAACUGGGGCGGGUUGGCGGACUCGCUCCGCAGUCUGCAUAUUUCCGGCAACUCUAUAUCGGAGGUAACCUUCUACACGCACGACGAGAAGCGUCUGAAUCAUACGACACCGAACUCGCAGGCAUCGAUAAUCAAUGCCAAGCAAUUUUCGCAGUAUCCCACCACAACCGGGCUGCAGCUGGCGAGCGGAAACGCCGGUCAACAGCAGCAACUGGGUAGCAAACCGUUUGCAAAGUUAAAAAAGCUUGUCUGGCUUGAUAUUAGUUCCAACCGGAUCGCUCACAUCAGCCCAAACACGUUCCCCAAGUCGCUGGUAACGAUAGAUCUAUCGAAGAACAUCCUAACGCAGUUUCCGACCGCGUUCUUGGAGCACCUGCACGAUCUGCGCGUCCUAUCGUUAAAGGACAAUCUGAUCACGAAGUUGGGUGGAGGUCCGGAACCAUCCGGUACGGUUCGGAUACGGUUGGAAAAACUAGACCUCAGUCUGAACCUUAUCGAGGAAUUGCCAGCCCAACUGUUUAAUGGCAGCGUAAGGAUAAAGGCUAUUAACUUCGAUAAGAACUUCAUCCGCCAGCUACCGGCCGAUUGCUUCCAGGGUCUGAACAUCGUGCACAUGGUGCUGGCGUUCAAUUUCAUCGAAAACAUCGACGAGGAAGCUUUCGCCACCCUCGACAGCAGCCUCGAGUAUCUCGAUCUGGAGCGCAACCGGUUGACGGCCGUUCCGAGUGCCAUCGGAACCCUCAGCCGGCUGCGCUACCUGUACCUCACGUCGAACGAGCUGGCUUCCAUCCCGGAACAAUCGCAAAACCUGCUGCCCGUAACACUGAAGGUGUUGUCGCUGAGCGGUAACAACUUUACCGCCAUUCCCGUCGACGGGUUGGCCAACUGCACCGAGCUUUCCUAUCUCAAUAUGGGGUAUAACAAAAUCUCUGACAUCGAGGAGAACGCGUUUGCCGGAUGGGGUUCGAAUCUGCAGACGCUGCUGCUGAGGAAUAAUAAACUUACCAGUCUUAACUACGGUGCGUUCAAUGGGCUGGACACAAUCAAGGAGAUCAGUCUCAGCUUCAACGACAUUCACUACGUCCAUCCGAAUGCGUUCGAUAACGUGUCUAGCACACUGAAGAUCCUCGAGCUGUCGUUCGGUAUUUACCGCGAGGAAUAUCCAGGUGAUGCACUCGCCGUCCUCACGGAACUGAUGUGGCUUGGAUUGGAUAACAACAACCUCAAAACGCUACCCGACGGAGCUUUAUCCACGCUCGGACAGCUAACGUACGUCAAUCUGGCCUUCAACCGCAUCGUAGCGAUUCCGCGAUCGCUUUUCCGCUCGGAUGUACACCGGAACCUGGUGGAAAUAGACCUUUCUUUCAAUCAACUGCAGGAACUCCCAAGCGGGACGUUCGAUAGUCUGGAGUUGAUACAAAUCAUCAAUCUGUCGUCGAACAAAAUCAAAGCUAUCCAGAAGAACGCAUUCCACGACCUGCCAUAUCUCACCUACUUGGAUCUGUCGCACAAUGCGCUGCAGAAUGUGAGUGAGGGAGCGUUCAGUUUUCUGCCCGGUCUGCUGAGUGUGGAUUUGAUGCACAACGAGUUGGAAACGCUUUCGCUGAAAGUGUUCCGUCAGGUAUCGAACGCCACGACCCCGAUGCGGCUCAAUAUCAGCAACAACGCCAUCGAAUCGCUAGACGGGGACGUUAAUUCUCUGCUGUAUGUAUAUUCGCUCGACGCCAGCCAUAAUCAGUUGCAGGAUACGACCGUCUUUCGGGCGCUUGCAUUCUCGUUGCGCAUUCUCUACCUUAACUACAACAACUUCUCCAGCCUCGGGCAUCACGCGUUCGGUGAUCUGCAGAUACUGGAGAUACUGAAUCUGGCACACAACAACAUUAGUUCGCUGCGGAGACGAAGCUUCGCCGGACUGGCGAAUCUACAGGAGUUUGACCUCAGCUACAACCGGAUCGAAGGCUUGCAGGUUGAACAGUUUUCUCCACUGAAGAAAUUACGCCUGCUCAAGCUGAACAACAACCGGCUGCGGGCCAUUCCUCGGGACACAUUCCUGAACACGCGCAUCGAGUACCUGGACCUGUCGAACAAUCAGUUUGCGAUCUGGCCAGCCACCGCGUUCGCCGAUAUCGGUUUCACGCUGCGCUCGAUCCAGUUCGAUAACAACAUUCUGGAGCUGCUGGAGUCGUACAUGUUCACCAGUACGCAGUUCCUACUGGAGCUGAAUCUAGCCGGAAAUUUGAUUAAGCAGAUCCCGGAGUACGCAUUCGCGAACCUAAACAAUCUAACCGUGCUUGAUUUGAGCUACAAUCAGCUGGCCAUGCCGGUAAACUUCCGCGAGCUGUUUAUCAACGUUCCGCGGCUAAGAGUGCUGGCUCUCCGAUCGACCGGCAUCUAUCGCCUUCCGUCCCUGGCACUGCCCCAGCUGGCUUCGCUCGACGUCGCCGCUAACAACCUGCAAGAGAUCGACUCCCAGGAGGAAUUGUACUACCUCCGGGAGCUGCAUAUCGAGGAGAACAAAAUUACUAACCUCUCGAACCUGCUGCGAAACCUGCCACCAGCGUUGCGAGUGCUGGAUGUCUCUCGGAAUCCCAUCCGCAAGAUCUCAUUCCACGAUUUCACGCUCUCCCGGCGACUGGAGGAACUGUUCAUCGAAGACAUCAAGAUCGUCAAUCCGGACGUUUUCAUCAAGCUGCACAAUCUUAAAAAAUUACGCAUCAGUGCGCAACAUAACUUCAGCGAGCUGGUGUCCAAGCUGCGUGGCCUCCAGGAGCUGUACGUCACCAUCUACGACGAGCACCUGGGCGAUGGCAUGUUUACAGCGCGCAUGCACUCAAACACGAAGCUCAAUGUGGUGGAGAUAACCGGCCGCCGGUUGGUGUCAAUCUCGAGCAAUGCGUUCGAGGGCUUGGCACGCAAUCACGACCUGAAGCUACGAAUACACAACACCAUGGUGAACGACCUGCCACCGGGUGUUUUCUACGCGCUGAAGUACAUCCCGCGGCUUAGCAUCGACCUAUCGGACAAUAUGCUAGCCGCCCUGGCGCCAGACAGCUUCUACCCCAACGCCAGCUCGUGGGAUGCGGUUGGGACGAGGAGCGUUAUCGGAGGGCUGGAUGUGUCCAACAAUCCGCUACAGUGUGAGUGCGGGUUGGUGUGGCUCGGUCACUGGUUGAGGCGGUGGCUUCGGGAGACGGCGCAGGUCAAUCUGAUACCCAAGGACGAGAUGAAGCAGAUGAUCCGGCGCGCCAAGAAAAGCACUUGCACGGAUCCGGUGACUGGCAAGCGAUUACCAUUCCUGGAGAUCUUCCCCGAGGAUCUCUUGUGUCACGCGAGCGCCCUGAGUAGUUUAGCGUUAAAGCUACGCUUUCGAUUCAUGCUAAUCUGCCUCAACAUCCUGCUAAUAGUGCUGCACAAGGCACCGACCUUCACACUGUAAUUCCCAUCGCAUCCCCGUGUUUCCAUGCUGAGCCACGCUGGGCAUCGACGAUCGUGCCAACGCGAAGGUAAGGGGCACUGUUUACGCAUCGGUGCGUUACAUUGUUCUAGACACGAGAACAUAACCCGACCUUUACCAGUGAGCGUUUUUAACUG